AUGAGACUCCAUAAUUUUCAUCGUGGCGACAUCAUAGUGAAAUCGAUGCCGUUCGCCGCUGUACUGCAUCCUCGGCUCGCUGGCCGAUACUGCGACGAGUGUCUCAAUGAAUAGCAGAAUACUUGUCCACCGCUAAUGAAUCACGAUAAGGGACCACGACCUCUGCGCUGUCCGGGAUGCCCUUUUGUAAAUUAUUGCAGUCCUCGCUGUAAAGAGCGACAUUUUCCGUAUCAUUCGUCUUUCGAGUGUGCUAUACUCAAGGCUUUCAUUCCAGAAACUCCGGACGUAACCUUCCGGUUGUUUUGCAAACUCCUCCACCAAGUCCAGGGAAGAGAAUUCUCCGAUUUUGAGGAGCUUCUAUUCACUGGGGAGAAAAGGACGUUCUCCGAUCUACUGGACCAUCGUGAGGACAUCCGAAAUGAGCCCGUCAUGUUCACGCGCUUCAGAGCAUACCACGCUCUUUUGGAAAUCACUUUCCCUGACAACAUGAAACCUAGUUUCGAUGCCGCCCUCCAAAUCUUCGGAAAGAUGAUGAUAAACAGAUUCUCGGUGCAGAGUUUCUAUCUGGAACCGAUCGGUGAAGCACUCUACCUAGCGCCCUCAAUUCACGAUCACUCAUGUCUCCCGGAUGCCAUUUACACCUUCAACGGAUGUGAGCUGACCAUCAGAGCGAUGAGGGAUCUGGCUGUGUCCGAUCCUCGAGAGAUUCACAUUUGCUACACCGACAUCCUCCAACCGCUCGAUGAUCGAAUUGGCUUCCUGGAAGAGCACUAUUUCUUCCGCUGCCAGUGCGUCUUGUGCUCUCAAGCCGAUCAUCCAAUCAACAGAAUGACAGUCACAAGGGAGAAUCUCAGAGAUUCUCUCCGGAGUGCCCUGAUGGCUUGCUCGGACGAUGAGAUACGGCCCGACAGCGGGGUGGCAGCUAUUUUCGAAAAGGCAAAGUUCUACAUCGACGAGGACGAUAAGCACGAAAGCGAGACUGGUAAAACCGUACUGAAAUUCUGGAAACUGGAUGCGAUCGCAGUGGCAUUCGAAUGCGCUGUUCGUUUGGGCAAUGAGGAGGACGCGUACGAGUUCGGGGGACGUCUCUUGGACCUAUACGCGAAAACCUACGGAGAUCGUAGACCGUGCUUCAGCGUCUUGAGUCUUCGAGUCGCUGAAGUAUCGAAGUGCAAGGGACAGGCUGUGUAUGAGGCAGCAAUCGAAGGAGCCCGGAGAAAACUCAUCAUGACGCACGGAUCAAAUCAUCCUUUGUGUGAGCGGUGCAAGGCGUUAGCUAAUCGCUCCGCUCAUCAGGGAAAUUGUGAGUCGAAAUCGGAGUAGGGAAAUUCUGUGGAAGAUGAUAAGAGGAUAAGACGAGCAUUACAGGGGAAUCCUCUCUGUCGUUCGGUCACCCACAUCGUAGUCGGUCGAGUCAACUCUGAUAGGAGAGUCUUUUCUACAUUUUGAUCUCACAAUUCACUACGACGAGGAAUACAGGAGUGAAGCUCAGAGCAAGGCAGGCGCUUCCGUAAGGGUUCUGGGCAGCGCUGAAACCCUCAUUGGACGAGGCAGUCCGGAAAACUCAUGGGUCGCGGGGAUUUCCUUGCCUCGAGCGUGUUUUCUCGGCUCGAAAUAAUUCCUUUUGUAUGAACUUGCUAUACGUCCAGUUCGAAUUAG